AUGCCUAUGUCGAGCAGUGGCGAGACUCUGUGCGGUGCUAUAUCUCCCACCACAUCGGUGGCAUCGGCUGGCAUACCCGGUGUUGCCAGCGGUAAUGCUUCCAUUUAUCUUCGUUCAUUGGCCACCGAUGAGAAUACCUGUAGUACCCUACCCCAUAUGCCGACUUCGAGUUCAUCCUCAUCGUCAUCAUCCGCCGCCGCCGCUCAACAAUCAUCCAAUGUCUCCGGUCUACCACCCACCAAUAUGCAAUUGAAUCGUAAUUUAGUUAUGUUAAGGAAUCAUUUGCGCAAAAACACCAACACCACCACCAGCAACAACAAUACACAGGGCAAUAGUAACAACAUCGGCAGCAGUAGCAACAACAUCAGUGCAACAAAUAACCAUAAUAUGUCAAAUAGCUCUAGCAAGGAUACACUACCGGGGCCCAACGAACAAUAGCCCCUUUGCCGAUUUUUUAAUUUUCUCCAAUUAUUUUCUUCGUUUGCAAUUUUGAAGAAUAGCCGAAAUUUGUCACGCAGCUCCUCGUUGCAGGAACUUUUGUAUUCGUAAAGCGUGGUGAGCAGAGAGAAGGUAAUGCUUCAAGAGAAUUUUAGUCCGUUCAGUUCAAUGUAUAAAUAAUUUAAUGUGUAUUAUUCAUUUUUAAGUUUUAUUUUAAUAUUUUUUUGUAUUAAUUUUUACUUUUAAGUUUUUGUACUUUAUUUUAAUUCCUACUGCUAAUGAUGAGAUGUGAGGGGUUUGUGAGAGAAAGAGAAAUCGAUGAUAUUAUAGAGGUGUUCAGUGUUGUGGUUUUAAAAAUGAUAGGUUUUUAUGAAGUCAAAUAUAUUAACAUUUCAGAUAAAGGAGCAUUUUAAAAUCAA